AUGGAGUUGGGGUCAAUGACAUGUCAUAUAGGUGUGUUGGAUGAAGAAGGUGGAGUUGGGGUCAAUGAUGGAUGUAACCUCGAAAUGACGCUUUUACCCCCUUAUUUUGAAGGACAAAUUGACAGAGUUGGAUGGUAUGACUCAAUUGGAACUAUUUGUCGAGCUAACGGAUGUAAUUACCUAAAAAAAAAAAUGUUCAAGGAUCCAAUUGCAACUCAAGGUAAAAUUUAG